UCUUUGUAAGUGAAACAAAAUUGAAUGCGACGUUUGACGAUACUUUACCACGAACAUUUAAACAGUUGACAGCCUGGGCGGUCCUCAUACCCAAGGGAGAUAACUGCCGCAGGACAAGAAAGAAGUGCACGCGGCUAACCUCGCACAUCGGGUUACAACCGACUCUACCCGAGUCCAACUUGUCCAAGUGUAGGACGCCUUAGAAAACAAGUUUAUUUACCUGUAUAGAAGAUGCAUCCUGUCAGCUGUAUGUUGAGGCAAGUUUCUGUAUAACGAGGAUGCAGAUCGGUUCAAGGUUAGCAAAGCCGCUCAGAUGUCGACAGGUAUGCAGUUUAAGAAGCAGGAGGAUACGUCUUGGUUUACUAGCAGCCAUCUUACUGGUCGUCGUAUGGUUCCUCAUCCUUACUGCCGGGUCAUCCCGACCAUUCCUGCUAACCUCUGACCUCAGACCUUGGAACAUAGCAGUCUCAAACAUAAGUGCCUGGACGGAGAGCCUUACAUCCGCUGCUGGCGCCAGAGAUAGACAACCGCUGAAGACCAAGCAGAACGACGCAGAGAAUCCACAAGCACCUCAUGUCGAUACUGGAACUGAUCACACAGAAACAACCACGAAGAAGGUACGCCAGUUCCACAGUAACAGCACUAAACCCACAUAUGGACCCCGUAGACGGUACCUCAUCUACCUCUGUGACAAGAAGGGUCGCUGUGGAGGUUGGGGAGACAGGCAGAGGGGCAUAGUAGCUGCCUAUCUGCUUGCUAGGGUAACAGGUCGGAGGUUUGGUAUCAAUAUGUCCCACCCAUGUGAUAUCAAAAAGUUCUACAUCCCAAAUAUGGUCAACUGGAAUGUGAAUGUGAAAGACAUUCAAGGCCUGAGCUUGGAGCAAGUGAACUGGAUGAAUAACCGCAAUGGUGUUGUCGAUGUCAAAAGUGACUUCAACCUAAAGCAUCCCAGCGACGUGGUCUUCUUCAGAACAAAUCAAGACAUCAUCAACGGAAUUAAAUACAGUCCAAGAUAUGGAAGCUUCGUUCCGAAAGAGUUUAAAACCAAAAAACGACCUCAGAUUUUUCAAACUAUAUGGCACCAACUUAUGACACCCUCUGUUCAUUUCGGGAAACGAAUCAACAAGUUCAUGAGCACAGUUCCCAAGGAAACAGAUUUAGUCUGCUCUCACGUUCGGAUGAGGAAAAAUCCCAACAUGCCCAAUGACGCCUCUCCGAUAAAUGCAUUAUCCUCUGUAGACUUAUUAUGGAGAUUUCUAUCAAAAUUUAAAAAUACUAGCCGUGUUUUUGUAGCUAGUGACUCGGUGGAUGUAAGAAAUAGUGCCAGGAAAUGGUUCGGUAACCGCGAAAUUGACACGGAUGGUGUGGUGCUUCAUAUUGACCUUCAAGGUCAUGUGUCUAGUGCUUGUAUUGGCCUCGAGAUGGCGCUGCUCGAUCAAGCUGUCCUCAGUCUCUGCAAGGUGCUCGUUGUGUCCACCAGCAACUUUAGUAUCAGAGGGGCCAUGAUGUCAAAACUUAAACAGAAACUAUUUAUGUUUAAAAACGGAACUAUCACAGCAUUUAACCUCUCGUAAUUCUCAGUUCGUGUGUAAUAAUGAGUAUAUAAUAGUAUGAGUUUUUAACCCGACAAACCCAACAGAUAAUAUUUGUCAAGGCAAUUGACAUGAAAACCAAGACAGUAUUCAAAGAAUUUAACUGCGACAAAAUCUUGAUCCAACCAGCGUAUUAUUUUCGUUACAUGUGACGUUCGAGUAUUCACUGCCUCCAGUGGUCAACCUAUCAUCAAUUCUAUGGUAAAUCUAAAUACUGGGAUCUGCCAACUCUCAUUGUACAUGUUUACUGUCGCUCCAAUGCCUGGCAUUUAUUUACAAGCUCAAUCGUAGUGUAACAUACCAUUCUCCCGAAACCAAACUGUAAUUGUCAAGAAAGUACUCUCACAUUACGCCGAUACUGAAGUCAUUACACUGGCUUCCAGUUGAGGCGAGGAUAGUGUUUAAAGUACUCUGUACCACAUUCAAGAGUCUAAAAGGCAUGUCACCAGAAUACUAAGUGAACUGCUAACCCCCUACAAACCAUCCAGACAACUGCGAUCUGAAAGCAGAUUUUUUUUGAAAACUCCUUCUUAUAAACUGGCCUCUUAUGGAAAGCGUUCUUUCAGUGUUUCUGCUCCAUCGCUGUGGAAUGAACUGCCUCUCGCCUUAAAACUGUCCCCAUCAGUUGCUGUGUUCAAAUCACAUCUUAGAACGCAUGUCUUUUCACUGCACUAUUAACUCUACUCAAACAUUAUUAUUUUGUAGCGCUUUGAGCACCCACGUAGAGGUUGGAUUUAGCGCUAUAUAAAUUUCCAGUAUUAUUAUUAUUAUUAUUAGGACAAAGUGCAUGUAUGAAUACCUAUACAUAUACACAUGUAGUUCCAACGUGAGCGACAGACAUCAUCACUGUGACUAACAACAAACCAGGGUACAGAGACUUACACGUUUGUAUUAGAUUGUGGCAAAAUACAUGUUUUCAUAUAUUCAUUGUCUGUCUACAUCUUGUUUCAAGGAACGGUGCGGUAGUCUAGUGGUUACAGCGUUCGCGCGUUACGCCGAAGAUCCGAGUUUGAUUCCCCACAUAUGUAUGCGUGAGGCCCAUUUCUGGGGUCCCUGGACGUAAUAUUGCUGGAAUAUUGCUAAAAGCGGCGUAAAACUAAACUCACUCACUCUUGUUUCAAUGAGACGGUGCUGCUUGACACGUGCUAUCGCAAAGAAGUCACGUGUUAAGAAACUGAUUUGACAUGCACUCUUUCAAACAACUCUCAUGUGAAGUCUUCGCCUUGACCUUUGCCGUGACAUACAAGUCAAGGGUUAAGACACCGCCUUAUGAUGUACUAGUAAGGGGAGAGAAAGGUGCCUUAACAUGCGCUCUCACAAACAAGUCACAAUUGGAGACAUUGACUUGACUGUUGCUGUCAUAUACAAACGCCCACGGGUGAAGAUAUUGCCUUGACACGCGCUGCCACAAACAGGCGGCCAUGCUUAGAAAAACAUGCUAAUGAUGUGUAAAGACGUUACUUUGACAUGAGUCCCUCACGAUGACAGCCACGAAUCUUAUGAUUUCAAAAUCUAAGGGAGAUUCUUGGAAAGACAUUCAAUUUCCAUUGGGUUCCAUUGUUUGUCGUUAUUUUCCGGUCUAGGGGUUGAAUUUAGUGUUACGUAUUUAAUGUUCAUGUGUGCACAGGGGCUUGUAUUGCUGAAGACAAUACGUCCUGGGUCCUACAAGCGUACACUGAUAUCCAUAUACAUAUAAAGAAGGAUGUAUA